AUGAAUCCCUGUUCCGUGGCAGUUCCGCAACAAGAUACUGAUGGUGAUGGACGUUGGAAUAGCAUCCACAAUAGAUUCCUUUCGGAUGCAAAAGGAAAGGAUGGUGAUGUUAUAUUCAUCGGCGAUUCUAUACUACAAGCUUUAGAACAUACGGAAGUUUGGAACCAAUGGUUUGCACCACUUCACUGCCUUAAUUUUAGUAUAUACAAAGAUCAAACUCAAAAUGUUUUGUGGCGUAUAAGAAAUGGGGAGCUUGAUCAUGUUGACCCGAGAGUUAUAGUUUUGCAUGUUGGAACAAAUAAUGUUGAGCACACACCUGAGCAAGUAUGUGAAGGAAUCUUAGAAAUAGUUCACACAAUAAGAGAAAAGCAUCCAAGUGUUUAUAUUGUACUACCUAGUCUACUUCCUAGAGGACAAUAUCCAAAUGUAUUAAGAGACAGGAACUCAAAAAUUAAUCAGCUUUUGAAAGAAAAAGUUGCUAAUAUGAAUAAGGUUGAAAUGGUGUCAAUAGAUAAAGGGUUUAUCCAAAAUGAUGGAACAAUAAGCCAUCACGAUAUGCAUGAUUACUUAAUACCGACUAAUGCAGCUUGCAGGAAGGCAUUUGAACCUGUUUAUGAUCUCUUACAACAAAUUUUAUCAGAAGGUGAAACCGAAAAGGAUUUGACACCCUCAGAAUAA